CUUGCCCAGUUCAGAGCGAGAGCCUGAGGAGAAACGGGGACCUCUGGGGAGGCCGCGGCGGCGAGCGGAGCGAGGCGGCCGAGUUCCGUGAGGGGACGCGUAGCGAGUGGGCUGGGGUCCCCCUCGAGCUGGCCGGGCCCGCGAGCCUGUUACCACUCGAUCUCAAGACCGAGCGGGCUGUGAGGGACCGGUGGCGGACCGAGCCCAGAGACAUGGCCUCACCGUUCCUGCCCGCCGGGGCCUCCACGGUCGACAGUGGCGGAGAGCUGAGCUCCGGGGACGACUCUGGGGAUAUGGAGUGUCUCCAGAGCCCCGAGGGCGACCCGUCCCGGAGCCUGGCGGAGCUGUUUGAGAAGGCGGCCGCGCACCUCCAAGGCCUCAUUCAGGUGGCCAGCCGGGAGCAGCUGUUGUACCUGUAUGCCAGGUACAAGCAGGUCAAAGUUGGAAAUUGCAAUACUCCUAAACCAAGCUUCUUUGAUUUUGAAGGGAAGCAAAAAUGGGAAGCAUGGAAAGCACUUGGUGACUCAAGCCCCAACCAAGCAAUGCAGGAAUAUAUUGCAGCAGUUAAAAAAUUAGAUCCAGGUUGGAAUCCUCAGAUACCAGAGAAGAAAGAAAAAGAAGCAAAGAGUGGUUUUGGUGGGCCAGUUGUUAGUUCUCUGUAUCAUGAAGAAACCAUCAGGGAAGAAGACAAAAAUAUAUUUGAUUACUGCAGGGAAAACAAUAUUGACCAUAUAACCAAAGCCAUCAAAUCGAAAAAUGUGGAAGUGAAUAUGAGAGAUGAAGAGGGCAGAGCUCUUCUCCAUUGGGCAUGUGAUCGAGGACAUAAGGAACUAGUCACAGUCUUGCUACAGUAUAAAGCUGACAUUAAUUGUCAGGACAAUGAAGGCCAAACAGCUCUUCAUUAUGCUGCUGCCUGUGAAUUUUUGGAUAUUGUGGAGCUACUGCUCCAAUCUGGCGCUGACCCCACUCUCCGAGACCAAGAUGGCUGUCUCCCAGAAGAGGUGACAGGCUGCAAAGCAGUUUCUUUGGUGCUGCAGCGGUAUACAGCUAGCAAGGCUUAAUCAAAAGACUGGAAAACCACAGUCUGUGAUAGGAGAGGGCUUCAGGGAUGGAAGAAAAACCUGUAAAAAUAAUACUUCUUUUACCAUGUAUCUUUGGUAUGCAUUGACUAAUAAAAUUGGUUCUGAGGAACUG